AUGUCUUCAGGAGAGCUGCUGAGCAGCAGAUGCUCUGCCCCCUGCGAGGUCAGCUGCCCCCAGCCCUUCGUGGAUGCCUGCAGCCAGCCCUGCGUCACCUCCUGCGGGGACUCUCGAGCCGUGGUCUACCCUCCCCCCGUGGUCAUCACCUUCCCAGGCCCCAUCCUCAGCUCCUGCCCUCAGGAGAGCAUCGUGGGCACCACGCUGCCAUCCCCCAUUGGGGGCUUCUCGGGGGGAAUAGGCUCCAUUGAGUCAGGAGGCUCCUAUGGAGGGGGCAGCUCCUUUGGCUCUGGGGGCUCCUAUGGUGGGGGCAGCUCUCUGGGCGUUGGGGGCUCCUAUGGUGGGGGCAGCUCCUUUGGCUCUGGGGGCUCCUAUGGUGGGGGCUCCUAUGGUGGGGGCAGAUCCUUUGGGGGCUCCUAUGGUGGGGGCAGGUCAUUUGGGGGCUCCUAUGGGGGGGGCAGGUCAUUUGGGGGCUCCUAUGGAGGCGGAAGAAGCUUUGGGUCCGGAGGCUUUGGGGGCUCCUGCGCAGGAGGCAGCUCCGUCGGGGGGGGCUCCUUUGGGGGAGGCCAUUCCUUCGGGGGGGGCAGCUGUGGCUACAGGAGGUCUGCUGGAGGCAGCUGUGGCUCUGGCUACUUCUGA